AUGUGUGGCCUCGACGACGGCUGCCGAACGCUGGAGCGCCAACUGCUAGCCGUCGAGUGCAAGCUGGCUAAUGCCGAGGAGAGGAGUGAGACAAACGGCUAUGUCAAGAGCUGGAUGAAAGAGCUCAAGUUUGCCGCCUACGAGGCGGACAAUGUGCUCAAUGACUUCCGGUACGAGGCGCUGUGCCGUCAGUCUAAGAUUGGCAAGUCCACUACCAGCAAGGUACUUGGCUACAUCACGCGCCACAGCCCGUUGUUCUUUCGUUUUGAAAUGAGUAGGAAACUCAAGAACGUCCUCGAGAAGAUCAAUAAGUUGGUUGAGGAGAUGAACAAGUUUGGCUUGAACAAUUCUGUCCAUAGGGAGGAGCGGCACCAUCCUUGGCGGCAGACGCACUCAAAACUGGACGAGGCUACCAAGAUCUUUGGAAGAGAUGAUGAUAAGGAGGUGGUGGUGAAGUUGUUGUUGGACCAGCAAGAUCAGCGGAGGGUGCAGGUGUUGCCCAUCAUUGGGAUGGGAGGUCUUGGCAAGAGGACUCUUGCUAAGAUGGUCUAUAAUGACCAAGGGGUCCAGCAACAUUUCGAGUUGCAGAUGUGGCACUGUGUGUCCGACAACUUUGAUGUCACAUCUGAAAGAUCAAGGAUGUCGCCUAGAGGGGGGGUGAAUAGGCACUUUAAAAUAAUUACGGUUUAG